UGAUCAUCAGAGAAUCAAACACGGAUGAGCGAGGUUAGACUUGCAUCAGAAUAGUUCCGUGGACCGGUUGUAUUUUAUGUAUGGCUUUUAUUUAUAUAUUAAACUAGAUUUAUUCCUGAUCUGAAGGGGUUUUGCAAGCCAGUUAAUGGUACAGGCAUUUUGUCAGUGGCAGUCUUCUCAACUAGGGAGACGGGCACGGUAGAACUGCGAUUACUACGUGGAGGGAGGCGCCAGCUAGCUAACUAACCGGUUAGCUAGCGUAUUUGCAGUCUAAAAGUAGAAAAGGCCCACCUUGCCUGCCAGCAAGAGGGGUCUGGAGCAGAGGCAGCUGGGAUGCUGUGAAUGUUGUGAGGCUGGUCGUGGAGAGGGCCGAGAGCCAAGCAGCAGCCAUGUUGCCAGGCGUUGGUGUGUUCGGCACUGGGAGCACAGCGAGGGUGCUGGUCCCACUGCUGCGAUCAGAGGGGUUCGAGGUGCACGCCCUCUGGGGCCGCAGUGAGGAGGAGGCAUGCUCUCUCGCCAAGGAGCUGGGCAUUCCAUUUCACACCAGCCAAUCAGACGAUGUCCUGCUGCACCCUGAUGUUGACCUGGUCUGCAUCUAUAUCCCGCCUCCACUCACGAGGCAGAUCGCUGUGAAAGCCCUGGGCAUUGGUAAGAAUGUUGUCUGUGAGAAGGCUGCUACAGCCGUAGACGCCUUCAAGAUGGUGACUGCCGGGCUCUAUUACCCCCAGCUGCUGAGUGUGGUGGGAAACACGCUCCGCUUCCUGCCUGCGUUUGUGUUGAUGCGCCAACUCCUGGCCAAGGGAUAUGUGGGCGAGCUGCAGGUGUGCGACGUGCGCGUCUACGGCCCCAGCCUCCUCGACCAAUCAUACGGUUGGACCUGUGAGGAGUUAAUGGGAGGGGGCGGGCUUCACACAGUUGGCUCCGCCAUCAUAGACCUGCUGAGUCACCUGACCAGGGCGCGGGCUCGCCGGGUGCACGGCCUUUUACGCACCUUCGUCAGGCAGAACAGCUCCAUCCAUGGCAUUCGCCGGGUCACCAGUGAUGACUUCUGCUUCUUCCAGAUGCUGAUGGGUGAGGCUAGCUCUGGCCUUGGUUCCGGUCCUGGCUCCGAGCCUGGAGGUGUGUGCUGCACGGUGACACUGAACUUCAACAUGCCUGGGGCUUUUGUGCAUGAGGUUAUGGUGGUGGGCUCAGCAGGCAGGCUAGUUGCCAGGGGAACAGAGCUGUAUGGCCAGCUUAACGGGGCCAGUGGAGAGGAGCUCUUGCUGGGGGAGAGUGGCGAUGUUGGGCCAGAGGGCCGGGACCUCCCCCUUCCACACCUGCGGGGGCUAGGAUCCAUGGUGACAGCCCUGAGACACGCCUUCCAAGCACACGAGGAGCGCCGGUCAUGGGCAAGGGGGCCGGUUGCUAUGGCAGCGACAUUUGAGGAUGGGUUGUAUGUACAAACAGUGGUGGAGGCUGUGAAGCUGUCGAGCCGCAGUGGCGAGUGGGAGAGCGUGGAGGUCAUGACCCAGGAACCAGAUCCCAACCACAACCUGUGUGAGGCGCUCCAGAGAAAUAAGAACUGACCACCCUCCUUUUCUCACUGCUACACAGAGGCUCAGUCUGAGGGUUGUGUACUGUGUAUACUGCGUGUUUACAUUUCUAAUCUUUUAUCAAAUGUACACUGUCUGGAUUAGUGUCUUUGACUUGGCUGAAUAUAGCCACAUAUUUACAUAUUGCUGUCUAACCACUGGUCUCCUUAGGAGAGUGAGUUUAAAGGAUUCAAAUUUAGUCUCACACUGGUCUUCACAUCAACAAUGUCUAUAAUCAGCUCAGCAGCCAAUAGGAUCCAUCUUCCUGGAACUGGUAGGAUUGAAACAGCUGUUUCUGUGAAUAUGAUAAGGCUGGAGGUAGAGAGGUGGGGAGCUAGAAGUAUCCUGAUUUAGGAUACAAGGUUAUUGGCUUAUUUAGUAAAUCAUGUACUUGCAUUAAGUGCAAAUGAUGAUUGCAACAUACUCAGGUGUAUAUCACACAGAAACCAAUAAUUUCUUGCUUUCAAAGACCACGGCAUUAGAGUUAAAGUUAAUAUGCAUGCUCAUUUGAAUAUAUCACCUGAUAAGUCUUUGAGCUAACCGUUUUGCAGUUUUUGACUUCAAAGUACUUGAACUAUGCCCUUAAUUAUCAGUUUUACAAGUUAUUAAAGUUCUGCUAAAUAACACAAGUGAGCUGCUCUGGAAACCAAUGUGUAUAUCUGGAUACCUGAGUGGAUUUGUUUGAAAGAUUGUACUGAGCUGUAUUUAUUUAAAGAAAUUAGUUUGUUUUCUACUGACGUAAAGUUAGUUUGGUGUAUUUAAUGAGUACAUGUUCAGUACAUUAAGAUGUACAGAGUUUUAAGACGCAUAUUUAUAUUUUUUGUUUAAGCUAUUAUACUUCACUUUGCCCUGGUGAUAUCACUGUUUAACAUGAGACUUUUGUCAAGACUGGUGCUUAUACUGGUGUUAUUCUAAUUAAUAAAUCCCCACCAUUUUCUUCUGAAGUAUA